AAAGGCACUGCAACACGAUUCGAGUGCAGGUGCAAUCGUAUAAGUGCUCCGCGAAAAGAUUGAUUUAAUUUGGUUCCAACAUAGAAAAUAAUUACUUUUUCUUCGAGAUGGGGAUGUGCUCGUCGUGCUUCAAAGGAUCCACCGAGGAGUUGCUGCAGCCGAGCGCGGAAAUGCGCCGACAGCAGCAGCUGGAGGCCGCCGAGCGACGUCAGCAACAGAACGAAAACCGCGGCAUAAAAGAUCCGGAAAAGGUACGUCGAAUGCAGCAGCGAGCCCAGGAGACGGAACGUCGCGAACAGGAGGCGGCGCGGAUGGGUGGCGGCCAGCCCGUGCUGAAGUGGUCGCAAGAUUAAGAUCCAUUUACCAACGCUGUGGGCACGACGUCUCAGUUAACACUCGACCAAUGAACGAAGCGUUUGAAGUGCUUGAAUUGUUUCUGGUUUACCGGCUAAGUUUGUUUUGUUUUCCUCAACCUUUUGUUAUUUAGUUUUCAUCGCAUAUUAAUGCAAGGUUUUGUUGAAAGGAGUACACUCAAACCCCGGUGGUUGGUCACUUUUUCGUUUGACACUUUUUUAGUUUGUACCCCGUUGGUUGGUCAAAGUCAAACUAAAAAAUGAUGAACUGUCACUUUUUACACGGCGCUUACGCACACUAUCAAAACAAACGUUUGCUAGUGUGCGUGAACUCCGUGUAAAUGGGGUGUCAAACUAAAAAGUGACCCCGUUCGUUUGACAACAGUUGGUGUCAAACCAUCGGGGUUUGAGUGUAGGAGAACAUUUUUUCCACCAAAUGUUUUGCAGCGCAUUUUCAGCACCAUUAAAUCUAUUCAAUAUCAGCUUAUUUAUUUUGUAUGGAGAUAGUUCACUAGUGUUGAACUAAUUGUUUUUGAUGAAUGAAGGCAUUGUUUUCUUUGUAUGGGAAAAAUAUACUGAAUCUUUUGAUAAUCCAAU